CGUGUGUGGCUCACUCUCCUCCUUUUCUACAAAGCCGGAUCCUCCAGAGCAAAGGCAGGCGCGAUGGAGCUGAGCCGGAUUCUGGGGGACAACGUCACUUUCCCUCUGGGGAUCCCAGCAGAGCAACUUAUAACUGUUGCCUGGACAGUAAACACAACAAGGAGUAUAGUAACUGUAGCAGCAGGAAACCCCCCCAAUGUCAUUGUGACAGACCUAUCCUACAAGGGACGCCUGAGAGUCCCCGAGAACUACUCGCUUCAGAUCACCAACCUGAGGAUGGAGGACACGGGCACCUACAGAGCUCAAAUCACCACAGCUACAGGCACCAUCCCCAGACCCUUCCUGCUGCGUGUGUACAAGCAAGUACCAGAGCCAACUGUCGUCUGUGACUCAGGGCCCUGUGUGAAUGAAACCUGUAACUACAACCUGCGCUGCACUGUCAGGGAUGGAGGGGACAAUGUGACCUACAGCUGGACUCACACAGCAGGGGGCACUGUUGUACCCGAUGAGUCCAUUCUGCACAUCUCUCUGAGCCCCCGUGAUGCUCACCUGGCCGUCACCUGCACAGCCCAGAACCCCGCCAGUAACAGCUCCACAACGGCCUCUGCAAAGGACCUUUGUGCAGCACCCACAACAACCACCACCACUGCACCACCACAUGGGUCCCAAUCUGCCAUUAUCGCUGGAAUUUUAGGUUUCUUUCUUGUCAUCCUCUUUGUCAUCAUUGCUCUGUGGUUGGUGCGCACACACAAGCGCAAAAGAGCCUUGCAAAAGUACACUCCAGGACCUGCUGGCAGCGCAGGUAAGAGUCUCCUGUGUCCCACUGACCUCCUGGCCUGCACCUCCCCCCCGAAGUGCAUUGUACUUCCCAAGUCUGAUUUUCAGCCCCUUUCCCGCGCCUCCACUUCCAGCUCGAUCAAGUACUGGGUCCCGCCGGUGUUCAUGGUCAUUGCGUUGAUCACCCUGUAUUUCACGUACAGGAAGACCACAGAGAGAGACUCUGAUUCGCAAGACAAUCAAGCGGUUCACAGUGCAGCCUAUGUUAUCCCCCAUCCGGAGGCGUGGAAUCAGACCCAUGCGGAGACGCUGCAGGCAAAGGAGACGCUAACCACCGAGGAAAACGAAGCAGCUCUCUCUGACCCAGAUCCUUCCCCCAGCCAGGCAAGAAGUCACUGCUCCUUGGUUUUACUUUUUGAAAAUAAAGAGCAACAGGACUGA